AUGGUCUGUUCUUUUCUCUCCCAUAUCUCAGUCAGUUGGCGGAUGAAGACUGGUUCAAGGAUGUGGCAUGAAGCUCGUAAACACGAGCGGAAGCUUCGGGGGAUGAUGGUGGAUUAUAAGAAGCGGGCAGAACGUCGGCGGGAAUACUAUGAGAAAAUUAAAAAGGAUCCUGCUCAGUUCCUUCAAGUACAUGGGAGAUCAUGUAAGAUCCAUCUGGAUUCUGCUGUGGCUUUGGCAGCAGAGAGCCCCGUUAACAUGAUGCCAUGGCAAGGCGAUCCUAACAACAUGAUUGACCGCUUUGAUGUCCGAGCCCACCUUGACUACAUUCCAGAAUAUAAACCCCCUCUUCUUACAACCAUUUCACCUGAGCAAGAUGCUGAUGACAGAAAGUGUAAUUAUGAGCGAUAUCGAGGCUUGGUUCAGAAUGACUUUGCUGGAAUUUCUGAAGAGCAGUGUUUAUACCAGAUCUAUAUUGAUGAGCUUUAUGGUGGUCUACAGAGACCUGGAGAAGAUGAAAAGAAAAAGCUAUCAGAAAAGAAGGCCACAAUCGGUUAUACUUAUGAAGACAGCACUGUUGCUGAAUUAGGGGGAUCUCCGGAUAAAGGGGAUGAGGAGGAUUCUGAUGAUGAGAGUAAAUCUGAUGAAGAUGAAGUAAUCCCUGACAUAGAUGUGGAGGUGGAUGUGGAUGAGGUCACCGAAGAACAGGUUGCUGAUCUGAACAGGCAAGCAACAACUUAUGGAAUGGCUGAAGGGGAUUUUGUCCGAAUGCUACGUAAAGACAAAGAGGAAUCUGAAGCAAUAAAAACAUGCUAAGGCACUGGAAGAAGAGAAGGCCAUGUAUUCUGGACGCCGUUCCCGUCGCCAGAGGAGAGAGUUCAGAGAAAAACGACUAAAAGGAAGAAAGAUUAGUCCACCAAGUUACGCCCGGCGAGACAGUCCAACAUAUGAUCCUUAUAGAAGGUCCCAGUCAGAGUCUUCCUCUGGUUCACGUUCUCAUACACCAAGCCCCGGACGAGAGGAAGCCAUCACUUUCAUAACCAGCUUUGGAGGCAGUGAAGAUGAGUCGGCAUCUGGUCAUGCAAACCAAAGUUCUGCAGGAACUGGCAGCAAAAGGGCCCCACAUUCACAGGCCUCUGGGACUUCUUCAGGUCGUAAAGAGGCCUCCCGACGGAGGCCUUCUUCAUCUUCAUCAUCUUCUUCUUCCUCCUCAAGAUCCAGAACAUCUUCCAGGUCUCGGUCCAGCUCUAAAUCUAGAAGAGACAAUCGGAGGCGUAGGUCAAAUUCACGUUCCCGCUCAAGGCGGUAUUCUCGCAGUCCUGUAAGACGAUACUCCAGCGGAGGAGGGGCAGAGACAGCAGAAGAUAUUCCAGAUCAAGGUCACCUGACCGCGAUAGACAUUAUGGAGGAAGGCGUCGCUCCCGAAGUCGCUCUCGGUCAACUGACCGUCAUGGGCGUGGUGGAAGGAGCAGUGGGCGCCAACAUGGAAGUAACCAAAGUAGUAUCUCUAGGAGUCCUUCUCCAAAUCGAGAAAAAGUGUCUGGAAAGAAGGUAUCCCCAGCUGUGGUGGAGCGCUUGAAAAGACCUGAGCUUGCUGUUAGCAAAGAGAGCGGAACAGCCAAAGUCAGCCAAGUUAACACCACAGGAGAAGCUAAAACUCCGUAUGCAGAAAGCACUUAA